GACUCUUCUGCAUAACCUGCAGCAGUCAUCCAACUGCUGACUCUUGUCUGGGUCUUUAGGUCAUCCCAAUAACACCUACUUAUCUUUUUCCUUCUCUUCAUCUUGUUCUCACUCAGGUUUCUCUGUCUUUUGCUGCAACAGCAUAUGCUUCUCAUUGCAGUGUUGUCCUUUCUUGGAAAGUAUACAGUUCAAUAUUCCUGCUAUGGCGUAGUCCUAAAGAUGCACUCCUGACCUGUAGCUUUUCCCCCAUCAAAUUACGAGCAAGUAUCUAUUAUUAUUUCUAAACUAUUAAUAUUUUUAUUUGUGAACAGGAAGACUACAUAUUUAAAAGGCUGAUCUGCAAAGGACUUGAGUUUGUUGCUUCUAGUUCUUGAAGAACCAGAUCCUCCUCGCUAGGCAAAUAAUAAUCAGAAGACUGGAUAUACGUAAUUUUUUUUAAAACUGCAGUGUAGUGCAGAACAACAACAAAAAUGCCUUAAGGAGCCAACUCAAGCAAAAAUAAACGUUCAGAAUCUUACUGAAAUCUGUUCUUUAAAAACAACAACAAAAAAGCCCCCCAAAACCCAAAAGAAAACAAAAAAACCCAAAACCAACAAAAAACCCCAGCAAACUUCAAGAUUUUUGGAAAGACGAGAUCAACAGUUUGAAGAUUCCCUGCACAGGACAACCUAGGUAGUAUCCAUUGCUGUAUAGCCUGAUCACCCUCUGCACCAAUAAUAAAAAAUGGCUGGACCAUUAACCAAAGUGACGAUUUGUAAGGACAAAGAAGGAAAACCUAAGUCUUUUGGAUUUGUCUGCUUUAAGCACAAAGAAUCGGUGCCUUAUGCAAUAGCUUUGCUGAAUGGAAUCCGUUUGUAUGGAAGACCAAUUAAAGUGCAGUAUCGGUUUGGGAGUUCUCACUCAUCAGAACUAAACAGCCCUACACAUGGUUUUGAGAACUAUAUUGACUUAUAUUCACCUUCAUAUAGGUAUCAAGAGCCUUAUGGAAAUCUGCCAUUUCCUGUUACUCCUUUUCCAAUGAACAGUAGUUUACCUCAUGAAUACUCAGGCUUUCAAAAGAUGAUGAACCAUUUUUUAGCACAGCAGUACACAGUACAGAGUCCAAUGGGUCAACAAUUUCCUUACUAUCAGAUGACUCCGCCACUGCCUUCAAAUUUAUCCUUUUCUCCCUGUCAGAAUCAAGAUGCAAAUUUUAAGUCUGCACGGAGUUCUUUUGAAUUGGCCCUGCCACAUUCAAGUGACUGUGAAGUGCGCCAGGUGGAUAAAAGCACCUCUAAAAGAAAGAGAGAACAGCAAACUUGUGACAGUGACACUAGUACUGAGGAUGACAAAAUGAGACAAAGAGAGCGUAACCAAAAAUACAAGAAGCGCAAAGCCAAGAAAAAGACGCAUUAAUACUGUGUAACUGGAAUAAUUUUUUUUUAUUAUAUUUGCUAUUUUUAUUUGAGAGAAAUUCAAUCGUUCAUCUUUGCACUUUAUUAAAAAAGGAAUGUUCAAGAUUCAUAUUAUUUUUGAAAUGUGUUAUGCAUAAAGUAUACUGAUACUUUAUUUAAUCUCAACCUAUUUAAAGAGGAAAGUACUACAGAAGG